AUGACCCUAGUUUCGAAUGAUCCCAAUUGGUGGCCGUUGCUCGAUUUUUAUCGAAUUUACAGCUAUUUUAUAGUUGCAUCCUCUACGGUAGUCAUAUACGAUUGGGUUCUGACAUUUGGACAAGAGUUUGAACUGGUCUUGAGGCAACGCUGGUCCCGUAUGACUGUCGUAUAUAUCAGCGUGCGCUAUGUCGGAAUGCUUUCAUUUGGGUAUUAUCAUCAGCAUACUACUGGGUCUUCCGUCAGUUUCGGUGACAGAUACAGUGAGGAUUCUGCACCAUUUUCUAUCAGUUCAUUCAACUCACUGUCCUCCUAUGUAGGGUACUCUGAGCUCGUUAUUGACUUGGAUCUUCCAGGCACUAUUCUUGGCCUUACACAACGGUGGAUGAUUUUUAUCGUAAAUGUCAUGCUAGGUUACAUCUUAAUUGCUCGGUUACGUGCGAUGUACCAGCGAUCUAGAAAGGUUUCAAUCUUUCUUGUCGGAAUCUCCUUUGCUUGCAUAAUUGUAAGCGGAAUGAUCCUCGCAAUAUCAAGCAGUAAUGUUUCAGGAGAGGAGCUUAUUCUCUCUGGCACCUAUCACUGUGUUCUCAGCGGAAACAGUGGCUCCCCAUUAUCUGAGACUUGGGUGACUUGGAUACUCGGUAUCGUAUGGGAGUUCCUCGUACUAUGCCUUGCAGUCUGGAUUGCUAUAAAACACUUCCGUGAACUGCAACGACCAUCCCCAGGGAGAGACAGUUUCGUUGUGUUAAUAAAAACACAUGUGUAUUACUUUGCAGCACAUGCCGCUGUUUCUUGCUUGGCCAUUGGCAGCCUUCUCUCUCCACAAAUAUCGGGUUCCUCUUCAAUUGGAACUGAGGUUUAUUCUGGCAUCGUUGAAAUUUCCCUGCUCGCGCAGAUGUUUAUUAUGGGGCCGCGACUUCUCCUUAGCGUUCGAGAAUAUAGCGCUAAUCUCGUGGCCGACUCUGAGAUAGGAACUAACCUAACUACAAUUGUUUUCCAAAAGAGCAUGCCUGUGUCAACUGAUGAUGUCUCUAAUGAUCCUAAUUGGUGGCCGUUGCUCGACUUUUAUCGGAUUUACAGUUAUUUUGUAGUUGCAUCCUCUACGGUAGUCGUAUACGAUUGGGCGCUGACAUUGGGACAAGAGUUUGAACUGGUCCUGAGGCAACGCUGGUCCAAGGAGCUUAUUCUUUCUGGCACCUAUCAGUGCUUUCUCAGCGGAAAUAGUGGCUACCCACUAUCUGAGCCUUGGAUACUCGGCAUUGUAUGGGAGUUCCUCGUACUAUGUCUUGCAGCCUGGAUUGCUAUAAAACACUUUCGUGAACUGCAACGACCAUCCCCAGGGAGGGACUGUUUCGCUAUGUUAAUAAAAACUCAUGUGUAUUACUUUGCAGCGCACGCUGCUGUUUCUUGCUUGGUCACUGUCAGACUUCUCGCUCCACAAAUAUCGGGUUCUUCUUCAGUGGAAACUGAGAUUGAUUCUGGCAUCCUUGAAAUUUUCCUUUUCGUGCAGAUGUUUGUUCUGGGGCCACGACUCCUUCUCAGCGUUCGAGAAUAUCAUGCUAAUCUCAUAGCCGGCUCUGAGAUAGGAACUAACCUAACUACAAUUGUUUUCCAAGAGGACAUAGUACCUGUAUCAACUGGUGACGGUGUGUAGCACGGGAAACUAUCCAAGUGAUCCAAGUGACCCAUAGAAUACUUCACGAAGCUGUUGUCAUUUUUUGUCGUAGUAUUGGUACAUCAUGAUUCAUUUGGCUACCCACCGAACUACACGAAAAUUGAGGUGACAUCAUAAGACUCGACGGGGCCUUUGUAUUCAAUAUAGUUGCAAUAUGGCGUGCACGUUACGGAAUUAUGUUUUACUGCCUGAAAAAAGAAACCUUGGCUCCCGCAAUAUGAUGAGACAACUUGAGCUCACAAAUGGAAUCCAUCAAGUCCCAUCCUCCAGCUUGGAGAUUCGCUUCCUUCGCAAGAACUCGAAAGUUGUAGUUUGUUGUUCACCGUGCAUCCAGACUCGAUGAUGAAGCUCGCUGUAGAGGAAAUUGCAAGGCACGUU